AUGUCGAGCGAAAGCACGCAAUCGCAGGCCUGCUGCAACACGCCCGCUGUUACUGGCGGUGACUACAAUGAAAAGGGUGAAUGGAUUCAGACUGACGGAUUGAAGACAUAUGCCACUGGCUCCAAGGAUGCAAAGACUGGAAUCCUGAUCGUCUAUGACAUCUUUGGCUUCUUCCCACAGACACUGCAGGGCGCCGAUAUCCUCGCCUACACAGACAAGGAACAGCAGUACCAGGUUUUCAUGCCCGAUUUCUUCGAGGGCAAGCCAGCCGACAUUUCCUGGUAUCCUCCGGACAACAAGGAGAAGGAGAAGAAGCUCGGCGAGUUCUUCCAGACACAAGCUGCCCCACCAAAAACACUGCCUCGCAUCCCUAAAAUUGUUGAUGAGCUGAGUAAGAGCAAGGGUAUCGAGAAGUGGGCCAUUAUUGGCUUCUGCUGGGGUGGAAAGAUUGUCAACCUCUCCUCACAGGAGAACACCAAGUUCAAGGCCGCAGCAGCCUGUCACCCAGCCAUGGUUGCUAAAGACGACGCGCCUGGCAUCACCAUCCCCUACAUUAUGCUGCCAUCUGGCGAUGAACCAAAGGAUGACGUGAAGGCAUGGCAGGAGGGUGUCAAGGUACCUAAUGUUGUUGAAUGGUUCCCCGACCAGGUACACGGAUGGAUGGCUGCGCGUGGAGACCUCUCGCAGGAGAAGGUCAAGAAGGAGUACGAGCGUGGGUACAAGCUGGUCCUGGACUUCUUCCACAAGCAUCUGUGAGUUAUCAGCUUGGAGACCACACAGGCGGAUGCUGAGAACAUCUCAGGGGUCCUGGCUCGAAGCUGUAG